UGUGCGUCGGACCGCAUCAGGAAACCCGGUCGCAGCUGACCGGCUGGCUCGCUUGGCCAAUGAGCAGCACGGGACUGUAGCUCGAGGACGCAGUCAUGUUUAGGUUCAAGGCGUUGCAGAGGAAUAAAACGGUCAGAUACGGCGUGCCGAUGCUCUUGCUCGUCGUCGGCGGCUCCUUCGGUCUGAGAGAGUUCACACAAAUUCGGUACGAUGCCCAGAAGCUCAGAAAAAAGCUGGAUCCAGCAUUGGAGGCCAAAGUGAACAAUCAGAGGCAGUCGCACAUGUUGGAGGAGGAGUACGAGAAAUUGAAGGAUGUGAAUUUGGACCAGUGGAGGAACAUCCGCGGCCCUCGUCCCUGGGAGGACUCCAAGGAGUACCAGGAGCAGCAGCGGGCACAGCUCAACAACAAGGGCUGAGGCCCCGUGGACGCCGGGCUUCAACAGACUCGACACUCUGCAGCAGGACGGACUCUUAUUUUGAAAGCUGCCCACAAACCUUGCAGGACACGGACUCCACCGCUUUUACCUUGAGCUCCUGUUUUGCUGGAAACUGUGUAAUUGAGCACUGUAACAGUACUCUGUUCUGAGAGACGGUCACGUCAUCAAAAAUGUUAAACACUUCUGAACAGGUUGGUCUGAUGUAAGAGGUAUGCUCCAUAGUUUUAUAUGUAAAGCAUGUAUUACAACCUCAACACGUGAUGUCUGUUUUGUAGGCCAUGCAGGCUUUCAUUUCAACCAAACUGUUAAUUUCACAAAUUAGCCCCGCCCCUUGUUAGUGCUGAUCUGUGAUUGGCCCAGUCUGACGUCGUUUUGUAACAUCCGAUAGUCACAGGAUGGCGGAUGGUUCCCCCGUCCCGAACCCCAGUCACCUUAAAUAAGGUCUGUGACUCACAGGGAAAAGCCACUAGUACCGUU